GCCUGCCCCAGGAGGCACAUCAAUGCGCACUCGGAAGUCACCCGCAUUGAUGACUGGAAUAGCCGUUGGUUCUGGCGGCGCGGUGGCCCUUAUUCUCUUCCUCUUCUGCUUGCAUCGUCGGCGUAGGCAGGGCGAGUAUGCUACAAGCCACCCCGUCCGCGCGGAACACGAUGGGCGAGACAAGCAAGUUGAGAUUGAAUAUUGAGCCGUUCGCGCUCAUUCGGGAACUCGACCGACCGUUGACUCACAAGCAGAAGUCAUACGCAUCGUUGUUGUCUACGCAUGGUGUACAACGCGUCGUCGCUCCUCCUGACGACACAGGACGACGUGUUACAGAGCCAACAAAGCCCCCGCAGCCUUCAAACGGGGCACUUCAGAACGGCGACAGGACCUCGCUUGAGGCUCCGAACAACGCACAUCCUCCAAACGAGCGAGGCGGCCUGUCGAGUCAAAUGCUGGACAUGGAGGGACGCUACCUCUGUCUGUCGAGAGACACGAGGAGACGAUUUCGUCCCCUGAGGGACCAGCACCCGGAGUACUCGAAGGUAGCGCCAUCUCAAUGGGGGAGGGGGGGGCGAAAACCCGGCGAUGGAGAAGCAGCUGGAGGGUCUAUAUGUCAGAGGGAAGGACUGGUGUCGGCGAGGAGCCGCCGCCGGCGUACCAGGACGAAGCCUUGGACGAAGCCCAGUGGUGAAAUCGAGUGCGGGGCGACUCGGAGUAAGUCUGUGGAGAACAUCGAGUUGCUUCUGGCAGAAAGGGAAUGUUCGUUCAGUAGGUUUCGCUAUGCGGCUACGUAAGGAUGUGCUGCACAAGGGAUCUGUGUACUGUGUAAGCUAUCCGUGC